AUGCUGUACACAAAGCCGAGGAAGAAAGAAGUUGCAUCCUGCGUUCAGAAGGUGUUUGAUGCUCAGGAAGUCGAUGAGGAGAGAGCUCUCCUACGCUAUCGAUGGCGCGAAGGAGAUCGGUAUGCUGUCAUCCCUGCCCUGCGCAGACGGAUUCGAAAGCAGCGCGAAGUAGCCCAGCUCCUCCAGUCAUCAAUCCACAAGAUAUGGCCACAGUUCAAGAACGUUGAACGCUCAUUCCUCAUGAGAAAUCCCAUGCGCGCGGAGCAGGUCCAAAGGGAGGACUAUUGGGGCGAAAGCGAUAUCGGAGAGAAGCCUCGUGCAAGAUUAGACAACACUGGGCCGAGCGACCGGGUGGGUAUGGUCGAGGCUGAAAUGACUUUCAACCUAUAG